UGUAGGUUCAGAGCCAGUUCCAUUACCUGUUAAUCAUUUAAUACUGAUCUUCAUGCAGUGAUAAAGAGUAAGAUACUCUAGUCAGUUCAUAUGCAGUACAUUAUGAGUCAAUUGUGUCGGGUAUUCAUGUACAUGUACAUGUACAUGUACACAUGGUACAUUCAUUCUGGCAAUGUCAUUCAUCGUGACCUGAAGCCCAGCAAUAUCCUCAUUAAUUCUGAAUGUUUUAUCAAGUUGGCUGAUUUUGGAUUAGCCCAUUCACUGGCUAGCACAAGCAAUGAAGGGAGUAAAGGGGUUGGAGGUGAUGGUGUUAGUGAUUUCAAUCCAGCCAUGACUGACUAUGUUGCUACACAUUGGUACCGUAGUCCAGAGAUAUUGCUAGGAUCAAGACGAUAUACAAGAGGAGUGGACAUGUGGUCGCUUGGUUGUAUACUAGCAGAAAUGAUAGCAAGUAAGCCACUCUACCCUGGCUCAUCCACCAUCAACCAGUUGGACAGGAUAAUGUCUACCCUCCCUCCUCCUUCAAGACAAGACAUGGAGAGCAUUAAAUCACCUUACGCCAAAGCAAUACUGGACCAAAUAAUACACAAGAGACACAAGUAUUUGACUGAUAUAUUACCUCAAGCUGAUGAUAUUUCACUUGAUUUACUCAACAAGUUGCUAAAUUUCAAUCCGAACAAGAGACUGACUGCUGAAAAUUGUCUAGAGCAUCCUUACCUAUCAAAGUUUCAUGAUUCUGACAAGAAGCCAGUCAUUGGGUGUCAAAUAGUGCCAGUGAUUGAAGAUAAUGUACAACUAACAGCUCACGAAUAUAGAGAACAACUGUACAAGGAUAUUGAGACACACUGAGCUUCACCCACAAUCACCUAAACCGGCCUCACCAGUUCCUCCUUCAAACCCUGACAUAUUGGUUGAGGACUGCAAACUGGAGAGCUGUAUAUUGGACCACAGUCUAGCGCAAUCAGAGAGAGGAAAGAAAGAAAAGAAGUUAAAAGAAGUAGGACUCAUUCUUCUCCUUCUCUGCCUGUUAAGAAGACAAGUGAUGAUUCUGAAGGAGGAGGUGGAGCUGAAGUGAAGCCAAGAGCUUUUAUACCUUUCAUGAAUCGAAGUAAAUCAGCAGCAGUGCAUGCAAGAGAAGGAAUAAUGCCUCGUCCCAGUACUCCCCUUCAGGCUCACUCAAGGACAACAGUAUAGCCGUUAUCACGAGCGAGGAAGGGUGUGCCUCAGCUAGUCACAUGACAACAAAGAAACCAGUCCCUCCUCCUCCUCCUCCCCCUCCCCCUCACUCUACCUAUGGAAAACCAAUAGACCUCACUGUCACCAGUGCUAGAAUUGUCCCAAUAUCUCGUUCACCUCCCCCCAGUCAUCAAUGGAAGAAAGUGAAUAGAAGAGUAUCAAGGGGAGGUCCCUCACGCUAUGCAUCAGGGACCUACACACAGACUCAUGGCAUCAUACGUAGAUCAGAUUUAAUGGCAAUAAAGCAAAACAACUGGUGAUGAUACUAAUGAUUGAUUAUACACUGGCAUACAUGUACAGGCAACUUCUCUAAAUUCAUAUUCUUGAAAUAA